GGAGAGGAAGGGGCGGGGGAAGGGGGUUGGAGGUAUGAAUAGCAAAUGCACCCUCCGGCUUCCCUGUUUCCCACGUGCAGAGGAACUCUUUGUGCAGGAACUUUGCGAUGUUCGUUUAGAAGGUCUGGUUGGAAGCGGAGAGUUUUCAGGUAGUGGGAGAGCAUCACAGUUGGAUUCCAGGACAUCUCCUCUUUGAGGUGGAGUGGAAACAUUUAAGAUGCAGCCCACUCAGUGUCCGGUUUCCUUCGAGGAGGUGGCCGUGCGUUUCACAAAGGCCGAGUGGGCGCUGCUGACUCCUGACCAGAGGGUUUUGUAUAGAGAAGUCAUGGUGGAGAAUUACAGGACUGUGGCCUCUCUGGGUAACAGGCAGGAUGAUGAGAAUUAUAGUGAGCGCUGUGUGGUCUCUUUCAUAAUGGCCUGCUAUAAAGUGGCGGAAAAGCCUUCCAGGAAUCCAGAACAGUCUAAGAGGCAGGAAGAAAGCAAGGCAGAGAAGUCAGAGAAUCAGUCUGUAGUUUUCCACACUGGCAUCCUUCUUGAAAAGCUAUCCCAAGAACCAUGUGCCAAAGGAAAAAGGAGGUAUAGACAUUCUGAAAGCAGAGAAGUCUUGAGCUGUGAAUCCAGCUUUUCUUCCCACCAGAGAAUCCAUGCAGGGGAUGAAACGUACAAAUGCUCAGAAUGUGGAAAGCCCUUCGGCAGGCUUGCAAGCCUCACUUCUCACCAGAGAAUCCAUAAGAGAAAGGAACCAUCUGAGAAUUCAGAGUGUGAAAAUACUUUUGGUCUGAGUGAAAACCUUACUUCCCAUCAAAGAACCCACACGGGGCAAAAACCAUGGCAGUGUUCAGAGUGCGGCAAGAGAUUCAGCUGUAAGAGCUCUCUAAAUUUGCAUGAGAGAGUCCAUUCAGAGGAGAAACAAUAUAAAUGUUUGGAAUGUGGAAAGAGCUUCCGUUGGAGUGCAGGCUUCACUUCCCAUCAGAGAAUCCACACAAAGGAGAGACCAUAUGGGUGCCUGGAGUGUGGAAAGACCUUCAGAUGGAGCACGUGCCUCACUUCCCAUCAGAGAUUCCACACAAAGGAGAAACCAUAUGAGUGCCUGGAGUGUGGAAGGACCUUCAGUUGGAGCGCAUCCCUCACUUCACAUCAGAGAACUCACUCAGGGGAGAAACCCUACGAGUGCACAGUGUGUGGGAAAUGCUUCUCUCAGAGUCCGCACCUUAUUUCCCACCGAAGAAUGCAUUCUGGAGAGAAACCCUUUAAAUGCCAGGAGUGUGGGAAAGGCUUCAGUCAGAGCACACACCUGAAUAUACACCGAAGAAGCCACACAGGAGAAAAGCCAUAUAAAUGCUUGGAGUGUGGAAAGAGUUUCAGUGUCCAGACAAGCCUUACAUCACAUGAAAGAAUCCACACAGGCGAGAAGCCAUAUAAAUGCCUGGAUUGUGGGAAAAGCUUCAGUCAGAGCUCAAGCCUUAAUACACAUCGAAGAGUACACACAGGUGAGAGGCCAUAUAAAUGUAUGGAAUGUGGAAAGGAUUUUAGGUGCAGUUCAGACCUUAACACACACAACAGAAUUCACAGAAGGGAGUAACCAUUUAAAUGCCUGCAAUGUGGAAAGAGCUUCUCUAGCUCACACCUGAGUGUACACCAAAGCAUCCACACAGGCAAAAAGCCAUAUAAAUGCUUGGAGUGUGGAAAGAGUUGCCGUAUCAGCACAUGUCUGAAAUUGUAUGAAAGAAUCCACACAGGGGAGAAGCUAUAUAAAUGCCCAGAUUGUGAGAAAAGCUUCCAUCAGAGCUCAAGCCUUAAUACACAAUGAAGAAUCCACACAGGGAAGAAACUAUUUAAAUAUCUGUAGUGUGGAAAGAGAAUCCACUGGCAUCCAGCGUACAAGACAUUAUACAGUCUACACCAGAAAGAAAAAAUACAAAUGCAGCGACUGUUGAAAAAGAUUCAGACAAAGAGGCCAUUUUACAUCUCAUCAAGGAAAACACAAAGAGGAAGAAUCAUGGAAAUGAUUAGUUCUUUUUUAAAAAGAUAUUUAAUCUUUUAUUAUUUUCAUAACAAAAAAAAUAGAGGAUGGAGAAUGCGGUUUCUACAAAUAUCAAAGCAGCAAUAUACAACAAAUAUCUCUUUAAACUUGUUUUUGACCCCUUUAA